CCUCGCGCCUACAUUUAUUAAACUCCCGCCUUUACUAGGCAACUGACAAAGUGGGUGUGCCAGAGUAUACCAGGUCGUAGAGUCACUUUAUUAUUUAUUCUGUGACUCUAUGACCUGGAACUAAAAACCGAUAUCUCUAUUGUUACUGUUGUUAUGAAAUAAAUUUAUUAGGAAGGAUUUUUGUGUAUUCAUAACUCUCUAAAUUAAAUCUGUCAACAUACUUUUGCAAGUCAGUUUUGUCAGUAAAAAGGCGGCAAAUUUGAAAAAUGUACGCGCGAAAGGUCAAUGUCAUAAACAAAUUUUGAAACGCACCUUUUACUCGCAUUUGUCCGGUUUUAGCAAACCGUGUGGAAUACGCAAAUAGGCUCAAAGCUUAUUUAUGCCGUCAUUCAAGGUCAUAUUUCUGCUCCUCAAACGUUCUGUCCAAAAUUUGUAUAAAAGUUUCUCGGAAAGCUCUAUUAAUACUGGUUCUUCCUAGCUUUUAACAGGUCCGCACGUGUUUGUGAUGUCAUCCGUGAUAUACCACGAUAUACUACGUGCUACGUGCCCCUUUGUUCCUUCUCCUUCAAUCAUUUGAGUUGAGCAGACAGACGGAUUCAGUUCAGUCUGCGUCCAGGCACGCGGGCGCACGCCUGCGUCCUCGGGAUUAAGUAAAAUUAAAAAGUUUCGCAAAAGUCGUAAACACGCAAAAAAAACUGCAAUCAAGAGUGAAUGUGAUUUGGAGGAACGCCAAAGCGAAUAUAAUAAAGUGUACUUGGGAAAAUUAUCCUGCUGCUGGAAACCGGCGAGGUUUUUGGGGCUGAAACACAUUCUACUUAUUUAAAAAGGAAAGCAUCACCAUGGUCACGGCGGAGGACGACGACGACAGUGACAAUGAUCUUAUCAUAGACGAGGGUCCAACUGCCAACCAAGGUUCCACAAACCAGCCACAGAAUACUGACACCACAGGCACCGGAAAUGAACUGCCAAGUACCGAAGUCGACUUCUUACCCCUUAUGAGGAACGUGGAGAUCUUAAAAAACAUUCCAUAUAUUCCAGAUGUAUCUAAAAAGCAAAUUGAAUCAAAACAAACAACCGCUAAAAUUGCUUGCAGAGACUUCUCUAGAAAGCCCUUUGGUACAAAUGAGAUGUUACAUUCUGCUUUGUACCAUCAUCUGACUACAGACAAUACAAUGCCUCCUAAUCAACAACAUAUGGGUACCUCAAAUGAUUUAAGAGCUGCAGGCAAUCAGAAUCUCAAACAUUUAUUAGACGCACCAAGCAGACCACCGACUAAUCCUUAUGCACCUUUACCAAGAGUGUAUACCCAAACAGAAACUUUUAUGACACCGCAAGCCCAAAAUGUUCCUAGAACUCAAUCUAAUAUGAAUAUGUAUGUCCAAAGUGAUCUUAGAAACCAACCAAACACCAAUGUGUAUGCCCGAGAUGGCCGUCAAAUGAAUGGAAACCAGAUACCAAAAGCACAAACCACACCGAACCUAGCAAAUGAGAUGAGUGUGAUCGUCCCGCAUCCAGGAAAUUUUACAGGAGGAACCAUCACCUAUGAACAAACAACUAACCAGAGACCAGCCAACAACUUGCCAAUAACAGUCAACGGUUAUCCAGUCCAGAAUGGUUCAGCUCCAGCGAACCAAGAAGCUCAAAUAAGUGUGUACAAACACACUGAAACGCGAACGGAGUAUUAUGGACAAACAACGAUGAAUUAUCAAGUUAGGCCUUACAGAACUUGUGAGCUGGCAUGUCCUUUAAACCUUGUGCCGGGCACGGGUGCCCCAAUGAGCAUGCCGCCUUUAAAUCCUGAACAUCAAGCAAUGACUACGUUUAAUCAUCAUGCCACUAACCGAGGAACAUUGGCUUUGAAUCCUGGACAUCAAUCAAUGAAUCCUUCAUCAAGCCCUCGACAUCAAUCAAUGAAUUCUACUUUCAAGCCUCAUGUCACUAGCCAAGGAGUACCAGGUUUGAAUCCUGAAGAUGUAUUCAUGCUAAUGGAAUCCUCAUUAAAUCCUCAACAUCAAUCAAUGAAUUCUACUUCCAAUCCUCAUGUAGCUAACGGAAGAGCACUGGCAGCUCAUAAUAUGAAUGCAAUCAAUCCUGGACACGAAUCAAUGAUUCCUUCAUCAAGCCCUUACCAUCAAUCAAUGAAUUCUACUUUCAAUCCUCAUGACACUAGCCAGGGACUACCAAUUUUGAAUCCUGGACAUGAAUUAUGGAAUUCUUCGUUAAGCCCUCAGCAUACAUCAAUGAAUCCUACUUUCAAUCCUCAAGCCACUAGCAGAGGAGCUCUAGCUAACCCUCAACAUCAAUCAAUGAAUUCUUUAAAUUCUCAACCACAUCUGUAUUCAAUCCAUCAACAUGGAAUGAAUCUUUCUAUGACUUCUCACCAACAGUCAAUGACUUCCCAAACUUUAAUGAAUCUUCAACCCACUACAGGCAGGGCAGGAGACCCAAUCAACGUGUCUCCUAUAAGACACUCCUCUCCUCUUCAACAUCAAAAUAUAAAUCCUUCUUUGAGUCCUCAGUCUCAUAGUUCCAGGCCAUCUCCACCUCCAUGCUACUCCUGUACUAUGGGUAAGCCAUGUGGCAUAAACCCAGCGUCAUCGUACCUUAACGGUCAACCAGCACUUCCGAUGCCAAAUUCUCAAGCAGGUGCUUGGAAUGGCUACAGGCAGAACUAUAUCAGAACCGGUUCUAUGCCACAAAAUCCUGGGUAUAAUAAUGAGCAGAUUGAAAAAGCGGCCUAUUUGGCUGCAUUGAGAUCACAGGAAUAUAUUUUACAGAAUGCAACUAGGGAUAUACUGGGCCCACCUGUCCCUGUGAACAAAAAGCCUAGAGCCCCUCGGAAACAAAGAGCUAAUCCUGAAACAAAAAAAAACAACGUUAACGCUACUUUAGCUGCAAGCCUGGUCCGUAAUGAACCAAUAAACAAUGAUGCCUCUACCUCAACCUUACCCUUCUGCACCCCUACUCAAUUAUACCCUUUACCGAACUGGGCGGCUUUCGGAACAAAAGACAGUGUUCCCAAAAAAACAAUCUCAAAGACUACAAAGAUAAAAAUAUCAAAUGCUAAAAAAACUCAAGACAGACGUGUUCCAUUAGAAAAGACACCCUCACUAACACUAAGUAAUAUUGAACCACAUUCCACACGUGAUGUGAUACCAUAUAUUGACUUAACAACGGAUUUGAGCCAGAAACCAAAUACGAACAUGACUCCGAAUAUAAUUCCAGCUCCGUUAAGCAAAGAGAUUCAUAAACAAACAGUUAAUAGGCGAAUUGACACGUCACAAAAAAAUGUAACAGCGAUAGCUCAUAAUAUGAAUGGAAUCAACCUAAUGCAAGAUUCUUCUAACGUAGAAGGCCAAUUAAAACCUAUGACCAUGAAUAAUAAAAGCAAUGGAACACCAACUCAUUUGAUUGAAGCCUCUACUCAACAAGAGACAUCCAGCAAGGAUAUUAAUCAAUCGCAAAUAAAUACAGAGCAACCAUGGAUAGAUAUAAAAAGCGAUGGGGCUACGAUUCCACUGAUCAUGGAUCAGCAAUACUUGAGCAUGGAAAAUGUUGAGUCGACGAUACAACCUAGCGUAAUACAAACAACAACGAAAAAUGUGCGGAGUGAAACCUUUUUACAAAAAGCAAGUGACAGCAUAGACAUUGAGACUGCGAUGGCUUUGUUACAUGCGGAUAGUGACGAAGUGCCUGCUAAUGUUACACAAAAUUCUAAAGCACGUGCUAUAUUAACUAAUGCUUAUGAACUUGUGUCUACUUCUGUCACAACCGAAACCACAUCACAUAAUAUAGAGAGCAAUGAUAUUAUAAUGAGAAUGAACACAUCUAAUUCUGAAGUACAUACUAACCAAGAAGUCAAUAUCAAGCAAACAAUAGAAAACACGGUAACAGUAUCAAUUGUGAAUAAAAUUAUCACUAAUCCAAACAUUUCUUUGCCCAAAACAGAAACCCUAUUAGACAUUUUAAACAAGGUGCAACAAAACAGCAUUAAGGAAGCUCAUAUAAAAGAACAUAUGGAAGAAACAAAUACAGAAGAUGAAAACAAAAUUAAAAGAACAGAUACAGCUGUAGAUCAUGGCUCCUCAAAAGAAAUGGACGAGGAUGAUCACAAACCGAAGGAUAUACCUGAUGGUAAAUAUGAUGACAGAUUUAAAAUUGCAAGACAAAAUUUAGCACGGUGGUCUGCGACAGAGCAUGAUAACGAAAGUAAACGUGCAGAUCAUAGUGCUAAACCAGACACUUUCAAUGUAUACCAUAUCGAAGUAAUAACUGGCCCUCAUGGACAAUAUAUAGCACAGGUUAAAAUGUCAUCACCUGAUGGUUCUUCCGUUCAACAGGAAGAAUUUAAUAUCAAUUGUUCUAUUGGCGAAACGACACAAAUUGAAAGUGCUGAUAGUAGCGAAUACAAUAUAUUCCCUAAACUAGAAACGAAAAUAGAAAUCCACCAAGCUACAAAUGACGCUGCUGAGUCAGAAGAAAUAAAAAAUAUUAAUAAUGAGGAAUCAGAGUCGGCCAUAGACGAGUUGAUAUUUUUCAAAUUUCAGAUAAAUUUCUUUAGACUUGUGCAAGAACGACUAAGCGAAAACAAUCAUGAAGUAUAUGCGCAAAAGCUUCAUAAUGCCAUUCAUGACCUAAUAAUUUUAAGUGACCAUGAGGAUGCAACGGCCGAUUUGAAGUAUGAGUGUCAUGAAUGCCAUAAUGUUACUAUGUAUUCACCCCGCCAACUUUAUUAUAAUGGAAUAAAUUAUCUAAAAAGCCUAAUUAAAAGUGCAUAUAAUUGUCAACUUUGUCUUACAUUCAAAAGAAAAUACAUUGAAGUUUUAAUAAAAUACAUCAAGCUAGAGACAUCAGGCGCUCAUCUAAACACUUCUAGUAAACAAAUCGCUGAGAAUACAAAAAUUGAUGAUCAGAAACCAGAGACAAAAACAUAUUUAAUUAACGAGCGCCAAACUGAUUCUAAGCCUGCACUCCUCAAUGAUGAAAGCGACAGCACUAACAAAAAGAAGGAUCGUAAUGUUAAAACAACAAGAAACACGAAAACAACAACGAAAGAACAACGGUGUGUAAAAAUAGUUGAUGCACCAUUAAGUUCCAAACAGGCUGAAAUAAGUAACCAAAAAAAGCAUAAUAAUAAAAAUAAGCAAGACAGCCAAAACCAAAGCAAUUUUGUGGUGAAAUUGCCACGACACAAGUUAAAAGAAUCAACUGUAGAGGCGCUUAUACAAUGUCAAAAUUCCAAGUCUAAUGAUAACAAAUCAGGCGGAGGUGAGAAUUUGAACAUUGCUUUACAUAAAGGCAGUAACAAGUCAAGCAUUUCUGGAGGAAAACCAACCAAAGAAACUGCAACAACUGUAACUAGUACCGCCACAGUUCAUAGCGGCAGAAAUAUAAGUACUUCUCUAGCCAACGAUAACAACAAAGAAAAACACCAUUCAAAGAUACAAACUAUUAAUGCUGAAGCCGCAUCUAUAACAAGCCUAGAACAACAAAACAUAAAUACGAAUAAUUCGAUUAACAUUCAGGAUAACAAAAACCAAGAACGGUGCGCAGGUAAAAGGAAAAGAAGUAGUGCUGAAGACGCGAUCAAUCUGAACCCUGAUACACAAAAUAGAAAUUCAAAUCCUUCAUCAAAUAAUAAUGACACGAACUUAGAAAGUCACUCUAAAAAGAAGAAAAUCAUUAGUGACGAAACAAACCCAGAACUACAAAAAAUAAAUGCAGCUGUUUUGUCAAAAAACAAAGAUAGUGACAAAAAUUAUAAAAGUCAAUCCAAAAUGCGGAAAAGCCUUAGUGCUGAAACUUCACACACAAUAAUCCCAGGCACAAACACUACAUCCGAUAAAAUCGACGAUCAGAACAAAAACCAAGACCAGCAUUCGAAGAAAAGGAAAAGUAUUUGCACUACAACUGCAACGAUUACAAGCUCUGAUUCACAAAAUUCUACAUCGGAUGACAAUGAUGAUAAAGAUAAGAGCCAUGAGAGACCAUCCAAUAAACGGAAAAGUACUAGUGGUGAUUUCGCAUGCAGUGAACUGCAAAAUAAAAAUACGAAUGUAUCAGAAAACAAUGACAAUGGCCACGAAGGGCACUCAAAGAGAAGAAAAAGUAUCAGUGCUGAAUCUGAAACCAGACCAAAUCUAAAUGACUGCCACGACCACUAUAAGAACAAAGAAAGGGAUCGAGGGAAAAACAACGAGGAGCAUGAAACAAGGCAACCUAAUGCAAGCAAAAAUAUUAGUGAUGAAAUUGCCACCAGUAAAAAUGGUGAGUCGCAGAACAGAAAAACAAUUGGAACGUCUAAUAACAACAGUAGCAAUAGCAACAAAGAACCAUGCGUCUCGGAAAUAAAUCACGCUGCAAAUAAUAAAAAGGACAAUAAUGAAGUAAGGAAAAGCAUUGAUUCUGAAACUACUACUAGCAAAGAUACAGAAUGCCCCAAUGAUCAGGAUAAUUUAUCAAAUAAGAACAAGAAUAACGAUGUAGCUACUACUUGUGAAGCAAGGAAAAGCACAAAUACAGACAUUUUAAGCAAGAAACAUAGUACGACAGGGAGAAAAGCUACAAGCACAGAAACUACAACCAAUAAACAUACUCAAGACGAAAUAUUACCAAUCAUACUAAAAAUCUUUAGAGAUCGUGUAGAGAGUAUAACAAGGAAAAACAAUAAUGGUGAAAAACAGCAUAAUGCUGUUAAUACAGACGAUGAAAAAGCGUGUGACAAAAGUGCACAAAAAUUAAACACCAAAGAAAAAGAUGAGUUGCCCAAAGUGGAAAUUCCUGGUAAAAAGGAAGAGGAGGGAAAGAAUAAAGCUGAAAAUAAGAAAAAAGUUAUAAAGGCUGUAAAAAUAAAUUACAAAUACAUUUGCAAACAUUGUGGAUAUAGAUAUAGAAAUUUUACAGCUUGCGAAGAACAUUUAACUAACGAUCACAAAAUAGUAAAAAUUGUACAGAAGGAAGACUACAUCAAAAUGAUAACAUGUCCAUUUUGUCCUGAGGCCAUGAUAGAAAAAGCGUUGAAUAAGCAUCUACAAGAUCGUCAUCCGGACAAGCGUUCACGACCAAUUAAUAAGUAAGUUGGUCAAAAUUAUUUUCGUUUUCUUGUUUGUCCUCAGAAAAUGUGACAGAGUGGAGCUGUAUGCGGUAAAAUUUAGUUUGAAUUUUCUCAUGAGAAUUAUAAUCUAAAAAGAGAUGCAAUAGCAUAGCACUCAAUUGUUUUAUUUAUUCAUAAAAGACAAAAAUAGAAGCGUGACAGAGUGGUCUGAAACAAGACAAAGAAAAUACUUUUCACCCAUGUACUAAUAAAACAACUUGUAACAGUACUUCUUUCUAGUUCUCAGUUCUUCUUCUUCUAACAUGUACUAAUAAAACAACUUGUAACUAGUAUUUAGUAAAUAUGUACCUACUUACCCUCUUAUUCAUACAACGCCUCAAUCAGUUAAUUUAUUUUAUCUUAAAACACAGAUAAAGGCACGAUUAUUAGCUAUACUUGACGCGGCCAAUGAUGAUCCGUAUCUAAUUCGCUUUUAGAUAUAUUUAAUUUAAAAAAAUAAUUGAUUAAAUAGGUUUUUUUCUAACUUGCAAUGAAAUGUUAAGAUGAGUUACUUCAUAUAAGGUCCGGAAAUACUACGUAUCCGGUGCAAUUAGUAAAGAUGUGUAAUUUCAUACAGCCUUACACGCCUAGGCCUGUAAAGCAACCUUCUUUUGUUUUUAACCGCCAAAAUGUGACACAACGUCUUGACAUUCAACCAUAAAAAAAACUAUUUUUUUUAUUUCAUUGCAAGUUUGAGUAAAGCACUAUACAAAUCUGAACGGGGUUGCCGGCCGCGUAUCCCUUGCAACGCUCGGCCGUAUAUCUACUAGGCCUGCAACCCUUCGUUUCCCGGCCUCUAUAGUAAUGUACUAUAUAAUUUUAAGGCUAAUUUUAAUGUAAUUAUAGGAGGUACACUUAAUGAAGUUAUAAUAAAAAUUCGUUGAGUUUUUAACCGGUUCUUCUCACUAUAGUCUAUUUCAUAAAGAUCUUCAAAUAUUAACAAAAAAAUUACGUGACAAUGUCAUUCGGCCAAUGAAGUACCUAUGCAAUGUACCUAUCAUUGGUCGGACGACCGGGCUCGGAUUCCAUUAAUUUUUGUUUAAGGUCGAUGUGGAGAAGGCCGGCUAUCAGGUAAAACCGUCUACAAGCUCUUUUGUCGCUUCUAAUAAACGAAGUACGCAUAUAAAUACGAGAGUUCUUGCCCUAUCUUCACCACAUUGACCUUAAGUUUUUUUUAUUAUUUUGGAAUAGACUAUGGAAAUAUGUUAAGUAGUGUACUGCGCCAUAGUUAUUAAGGAAUUAAUACAUCUAUCCGGUCGCUGCACGCUUUCUGCUGCGAGGGACAGAGAAAUGUAUAUGUUAUUUCUCUGUCGCUCUUAGCAGCAAGAUAGCAGAAAGUAUUCGGAAACUUGAUAGAUACCCUUGAAUAUAUAAUAAUAAAAAUGUUUAGUUUUAAUGUAAGAAAUAACUUUUUUGGUGAUGAGCUGGCAGCGCGGCGUAUCGUUUUAGUAUCGCAGUACAGCGAUAAGUACGAAGUAAAUGUGUUUUUAAAUUUGUUUUGUUUGUGGUGCAAUAAAGAAUUACUCACUUACAGCGGGGAAAUGCUGCCAGCAUCCUCGGCACCAUGCCAAAAGAGUUAAAUUCUUUAGAUUUAUUUUAGUUUUACAGAUAAGUGCGUUUUAUAUGCCAUUUAAGUUGAUUUAAUAAUGUUAUUUUUUUUAUCAUCAUAAUGUCAUUUUAAAAAUGAAAAAAGUAAAAUGGCUUUAAAUAAUUAAGGAUCAAGUUAUGUUAGACAUACUUAUUAAAAAUGUCAUCGAGUUUUUUGUCACGUUCUUCUCAUUGAAAAUAGUUUAUACCUAUCGCGAUAUUACAUUUUAACUGUUUUAGGUACGUUAGUUAUUUAGUUACUGUUCUUGGGCCGGAAAGCAUCAACUUUCGGCAAGGUGCGCUAAACAAAGUUACCGCUUUCCGACUCCGUCGAACAGAAUAAUUGUAUACACACCUCGGCCAGUAAAUGUGGCUUUCCAUCACAGAAGGGUCCUUAUGCUUCAUGUGCAGUAAGGACCAUUCUAUCAGAAUUUCUGUUCGAAUUUAAGAUACAUGCACUUGAAGCCAUUAAGGACCCUUUUGUGAUGGAAAGCCUCAGAUCAAUUGUGAUCUAAAACAUGUUUUCCUUUACUGCCUAGGUAUGGAAUAUACCUACUAUUACUUGUUCGAUAGAGAAAUUAGUAAUCUAGAGUAGACUUGUAAGGUCAAUGCAGCCAAAUUCGUCUGCGGGAAAUUCCGUACAUGAGCGCUUUUUUCAAACUAUAGUACACGAUUGUUAACUUCAUCCACAAAACAGCAGUUGCUUUUAUUUCAGCAGUGAAAACGGCUUUAUUUCCUAUAGUUGUAAAAAAACGAAAAAUACGCUCGUGCACGGAAUUUUCCGCAGACGGAUUUGGCCGCUUAGGUUAGUUUAGGUUAAGAUAGUCAGACUGGUGAGUUUGUUCCGGCGUUUCUUCUCACCAGUUAUAAUUUUGGAAGCGCUAGUAGCGACAGACAUGUACACAAACACACGCAGUUGCAGGGAACUGUAGGUACAGUCAGCAUUUAUAGUAGCGCAUGAAAUAACACGCCAAAAGAUAUGCCGAUUUUUUUUCUCAAAUAGAGAUAUUUGUACAGUUUGUGUUCAAAAGCAUCUGUAACGGUCUAAAUAUUCAUAUCUAGUCGAACGACCGAACGAAGCGAAGUGAAGUUCUUACAUUCAACUUUAAACACACAACCUGAGGGCCUACCGCGAACCACGUUCAACGUAUUGCCUCUCUGUCGCACUUGUAAAUUCGUACGUAAGCGUGACAGGGAGGCAACACGUCGAACGUGGUUCGCGGUAGGCCCUCUGGCUUGGGACACGACCCGGCAUUUCAAUGUUUUUAAGCUGAACUAUUCGAGGAUAGUUUGAUUAACAAUAACUUAAAUAAAUUUGUUCUAAUUUAAAUGAAAUUAGGUAAAUGUGUAGUUGAGGGCAUAUUAAAUUAUGAGCAUGCUCGAUCAAGGGGUUAUGGAGCUAGAAGAGCCUAGAAGGCAAAAAUAUGAGGCGGCUUGCUGUUCUGGUCCCUUCAUUUGCUAGAAAGUAUGGUUGAGAAUGGUAUUUAAGAAAGUGCUCGGUUUACACAAUUAUAAUAUUGUUUUUUAAUUUAAGAUUUUAAAAUAAUUAGCAUGAUAAAAAGGAAAUAAAAUAUACAUAAUAUAGGUAUUGGACAAGAAAAAUUACGGUUUACCACAGAUACAGUUUAUUUUAAUCUUUUUGGUGACUUCUAUCAGUUAAGGGCUCCAUAGACCUUGCAAUAAAUCGCACGGUUUUCGAUUCUUUACCGCAUGCACCUAGCAUUCAAUUGAUCUAACUUUUUGGCGAACCGCGAGUUGUCACUUCGGGGCGAACUACUAGUUUUAUUAAGUAACAGAAUGUAGAUACUUUAGACGCGUAAUCUGAUCCGCUACUUUUGAUGCUAACUGUACUAUUCAGGGUUUAUUAUGUCUACCUUUUCGUCGGACAGUUUAUGGUGAGAGACAGAGUAAGGUACAUUUUAUUACCGUGUCUCUUUUAGCGAUAAUAUAGCGCUUACAUCUACACGGUGGCACGGUUUUUGUGAGAAAGCCGGUCGGCCAUACAAAAAGUGCCCGACGAAAAUAUGGAUGUAAUAAGCCCUUAUUUAUAUCUCAGAUACUUAAAUGACAGUUCGGAUGAUCAAUCAGAGCUGCUAUAUCCCAUUUUUAUACCCAUUUUUAUUCCCAUUUUUACUUUUCAGAUGAAAAGAAGUGGUAACUUUCCAAAAUUAAAUUAGAGUAACUUUGUACUGAAUCAUAGUGUCGUUUACAUAUUAUUUUACAGCAAUAUUAGAUAUCAUAGGAACCGGAAAAAAGUAAAUUAUCACUACUAUUGAGGUGAGAUAAUUCUAAUCUUAAAAAAACCGAGUAUAGCAUGAGUUGCAUUCUCGCGCGCGACUCCAUACAUCUAGCGCGACUUUAAGUAUGGAGUCGCGCGCGAGAAUGCAAGUCAUGCUAAACGGUCUGAUAUCCAAUCCUGGUUUUAUACCAUUGACAUAUUUCUAGGACAGGCCUUACGAGCAAUAGGAAUGGGGCCAGUACAGCGGUUUCACGCACACGAAUGCGAGCCAAUCGUGCAGUCUAACGCCGCAACGCGAUUGGUUGAUUUGGCAUCAUCGCAACUAGUUGCGUUGGAUUGUACGAUUGGCUCGAACUCGUGAGUGACACCGCUGAACUAGCACCAUUCUUAGUGCCCGUAAGACCUGUCCUGUCGUAAGAUAUACAGGGUGGGCAAAUAAGAGGUAUACAUUUUGUUUUUCAAUUUUAACUCUUAUUUGCCCAACCUGUAUGUCAAUGUUUUAUACCAAUUAUGUACUAAAAUGUCAGAUUGAGGCAGCUCGAAAUGUUAUUUUAGUGUCUAGGAUAUAACAACAAGGUUAUAUAAGGUCAAUAUGGGUAAGUGUGGCUAUGGGGUGAGUGUAACUGGUCUUCAUACCGGACCCUGUUUAUACAGCAGCUCGGUUCUCCAUACAAACUAGCUAGAUUGCUCUGAAACUUUGUACUAACAAUACGAUAAGGUGUAUCUAUGGAGUGUGGAAUUAAAAGCAGUGAAAUCUCUUAUGGUAGAUCUGUUGCAAAUGUCCAGCUGUCAGCUAUAAAUGAUAGUUCCAAAUCUCUCCAGAGUAGCGCUAGAGCAGCUAAGAACCUGAAGUGCGCUGUCUAUGAUUUGAUUUUUUUGUUCAUGAAUUCUAGUAUGUAUAGGUAUUGUAGCGCCACCUAUAUAAGGUUUUUUUAUGAUACUUUUUGGUACAUGGAGAUUCCAUUCCUUACCUCCACUUUCCAUAGGUGUAUCUAUGCCUGUAAUUAAUUUAUGUAGCUUCAGAUAGCAUAAUUUAAAAAAUACAGAGAAUUUAAGUUUUUCAUACAUUACUUGUUUUUGCUCUAUUUCCUUUGUUUUUUUUUUUAUACUACGUCGGUGGCAAACAAGCAUACGGCCUGCCUGAUGGUAAGCAGCCUCCGUAGCCUAUGUACAUCUGCAACUCCAGAGGAGUUACAUGCGCGUUGCCGACCCUAAGCCCACCCCCCCUCGUUGAGCUUGUUUUAUAAAGCUGGAGCUAUAUAAACUAAUUACAGGUAUAGAUAUGCCUCAUGUCAUUGUAUGUGCAAAGUUUCAUUAUAAUCCAACAAGGAGUUUUAAAAUGAGAAUGAAACUCUGUUUGUAUGGGAAGAUGAAUUCGGCCGUGCGUGUGCAUACAUUUUCCACCAAACACAAGUAGCAAACAUUAAUAAAUUAAUAAACAGAGGGCAUACCGCGAACCACGUUCGAGGUGUUGCAUCUCUGUCGCACUUGUAAAUUUGUAGGCAAGUGUGACAGGGAGGUAACACGUCGAACAUGGUACGCACUCAGGCCUAAACUUGAAGGUCAGCCAACACGUAUCCGUAUUAACCUUACUCUUGGUUCAAUAAAGAAAUACAAUAAAAUGUAUAAAACCAUCCAUUGAACUUGUUUUUCUAAUAAAAUAUGAAAACGAA